UGGGUACGGUUUCCCUUCUCCAAGUUUGUAUGGGUGCUUUGUGAUAGCGUUGGAUCCGCAGCUGCUCGAACAGUACGGGGGUGUGGUGAAGCUUGAAUCGCAUGGAAGUGUUCCUUGUUUUGCGGUGUAGUUAACAUGCCGGCGACCAGCUGAUCAUGAGUUCUUCUGCCGUGGAUUUCGACGCUCGGCUGGAGGACCACCAGUGCCUGUUGGUGCUGGUGCAGCCACUGUCGCCGCACGUCUCGAGCACCGUGCUCUGGGAGCGCGCCGUGGAGCACAUUAGGCGCGUCCGUUGUACGCGUCUCAGCGACCAGCAACAGCCCGAGGGAAGCCGCGGCGUGUGGCUCCGCUACGCGACCAGCUACCCGGCCGAUGGAAGCCUCUGGGGUGACUUCCAGGCUCACCGGCGCGUCCUCGGGGUGCUCAGCGUCGGUGAGUGUGGCCAGGAUGGUGUAGAGGCCCUGUGUCGUCUGCACGAGCAACUUUUGCAACAGCACCCGACUGCCAUUGACUCGCGCUGCCUGCUCUUUGGGGCACCAAGGCUGGAAGAGGAUGCCACAGGAGGGGAGCAGGCGGGGGCCCCCUUGAGCAGCAAGCUGCGCAGCACCCAGUGCCUGGUGAGGAGAGCUCUCUCUGUUGGGGCACACAACCUGGGUU